AUGCAGUUGGUAUGGAUAUUCAUUUUGUUUGAUAUAUUGUUUACUUCUGCGAUUGAAGAAGUAAAAAAAGCAUGGGAAAAAGGUAUGUCCCGUGAGCUAAAUAGCUCGGAAGUCAAGAGGCUAGAAGAAGAACUUGGGAAUGUUGCAGGGAUGGAUAUGAAUGGUUUGAUUCCAUUGAUCUUUCAUGAAAACGAGGUUAUUGUGUCACCUGUUACUAAAUACAGGGAUAUCGAAGAUAGUAAAAGAAAAUAUGUCGAGAACAUUAUCGAAAGACUUCCAAGCCUAGCAUGGGAGUCGAUGGUGGGCAUCUAUGUCCCAAAACACGCUGAUUGGAUCUGGAAGUUAAUGAAUGAUAUCUUCUUCAAAGGAAAAUACCGUGACAAUUUUGAUGUUCUUGAUACGUACCGAGGAGGGAAAUCAAAAAGGCUUGAGCCGAGGUUAGUGGAUCUGAUUAUGAACAUAUUCAAAAGAAAUGCUGAAAUGUUGAAGGACUUUGGAGAAAGUCUUUCUAAUGAAGCAAAAAAGAAGAUGGGAGAGAUAUCAAAGAACAUGGAUAGCAAGAAACGAGAGAAAGAGGAGGAGAUAUUAACCAAGGUCCAAAUAUAUGGAAAGAGUCUGUGCACCAAAUCAAAAAAAGAACAAAUAAUAAAAGCACAGAAAAUAGUGUGUGAUGCAUGCGUGUAUCUUUGGGAGAGAGAAAGACAGAACAAGCUUCCUUCUUAA